ACCCCUAAUGCUGUCUCCUUCUGCCCACAUGGCCCGUUGUCUGCUGCUUUCCCAGGGAAAGUAGGAGGCAGGGCGGGGGCAGAGUGUGGUGGUGGUAGUGUCUCCUGGUAUCUACGUCUUUGGUAGCAUCUGAUAGUAUUGACCUAGCCAUGACGGAGGUCUAGUAGCCUCUGGGGCUGUGUGUGAGCUGGAAGGAACCUGAGAGCAACCUCCCUCGUUUCACAGCUGUGAGCACUCAGGCCCAGAGAGGGGUAGUGACUUGCUCGAGACCACGCAGCUAGUUAACUGUGAGUUCGUGACCCCAGAGGCAUGAACUGGGGUCCCUUGCCCUCCAAGCCCCCACUCUUUCACUACUCUCACUGCCUGGAUCCCUGGGUUGCCCACCAGCUGGUUCCACCUCUUACCCUCUGAUUCCAGGACCAAGCCUAGGCAGCAACUCUGAAGUGUGGGGCUGCCUGCCCCGGGCUCCCCUGCCACCGGAAGCAGGCCCAGUGUCCCGAUCCCAAACUGGUUUUCCUUUUUCCUGCUGGACAUAGCAAUAAGAUGGAGAGAGGAUCCACACUGCAGGCCUUGAGACAAUAAAUAUUCACCUUUCUGAAGAAAGUCUACCUUUAACAAAGGGGAGCAGGAGCUGGCUGGCCCUGGGAGGAAUCUGCUGCAGGAGCUGGUGCUAGGGAGAGUGUGGUACCAGCGUAGCUGGGUGCUUGAGGGUGGGAAGGGAGGGCCCUCGAAGUGUGAGCUGGCGUAUAUCUGUGUGUGUGGGAAGAGGGCAGACGGUGUAGACAUCCAGGGAGUACUGGACUGGGAACUGGAAUGCCAGGGUUCUCUCUGCCACAGGUCAGCCCUGUGAUCUUGGAACUUAACCUCCUAGAGUCUCAGUUUUCCCAGCUGCAAAAUGGGGAUGCAAGAAUCUCCUUCACAGGGUUGUUAAGAAGAUCUAAACAAAUGCAUGUGAGCGGUCUCCCGGGGACACAACAGGAGGGCUGCUCUGGGGGUGGGGGGGUGGGGAGGGGUUCUGCUGCUCCCCUUGGAGGCUUGCUGGCGCUGGGUGUCAAGUAGCGCUCAGUUUGGGGACGAUCAGGGCAGGGCAGCUCCAAGGCCCUGGCCUGCGAUUUCCUCCCUUGCUUCCCUGGCUGCCCCAGGCAGCACUAAAUCAGGUCACCACUUGUCUUUCCUUGCUUUAGCUGUCAUGCACACAGCUCCUGCCCAGCUCCCAAUCCAGGUCACCGUCUCCCACACCCUUCCCUUCCCCAGUGGCCAAGGAGACUGCCUCUCUGUGCUUUUGUUCUUGACUACUGUUCAUUAGACCCUGGCUGUGUGCCUGACACUGGGCCAGUUGCUUUAGGAAGAAAUAGCAGGUACCCUUUGCAGCAUGCCGUAUGCCAGGCUCCAUCACGAGACUAUUUAUCUCUUUUAGGGAGAUAUGAUCACUUCUACUUUAUAAGUGAGGAAACUGAGGCUCAGAAAAGGUAAGAAUCUCAGUCAAGGUCACGCAGCUGACAAGCGCAGAGCCAAGGCCGAAACCUAGAUCUGUCUGAUUCCAGAGCUCAUGCUUGUAAUCCCUGAGUUCCUGUGUUUAGAGGACAGAAGCUAGAGGGUGCAGGCAACAGAUGGGGCUGAGGGGACCAGGGGAGGUAAGGUGAGGGUCAUUUCAGGAGUCAGGGUGAGGUCUGAGGAGAGGAUGCUGGGCCUGAAGGAGAGAGGAGGGGAAAGGCCCGCAAUGUGAUGGGGAAGCCCCCUCCCCACACUCACCCAGACAGACAGACAGACGGACACACACACACACACACACACACACACACACGAGUCCGACACACACCCACAGACAUAUACAAGGACCUAUAGGAUACACACACAUACACACAAACACACACCUAGAAGACACACACAGACCCAGAAAUGCACACUCAUGUUGGCACACAUCAGAGACACACACAGACCCAGUGACACUCAGACUCACAUACACGGGCACACAGAGGCACAGACACCCCCGCGCACACAUGUCCUAGAGGGAAGGGAAGGGAGAGCCAGAGCCGCCUUAUUUCAGGGCCUCCUUCUCUAAGGCAAAAGGAAAGCCUUCCCCAGAAGUGCUGAGUCAGCAGCGGGUGACAAAUGAGCCUGGGGCGGAGGUUCGGAUGGGAGCAUCUAGCAUGCAGAGCGCAUUGUGCCAGCGCCAGCCCUGGCCGGCGAGGGGGCAGGGAGCGGCCGCCAGCUGCCCGCUCAGGGGGAGGCCCCAGGGAGGAAGUGACUCACUUUGACUUUGGAAAUGCCAGACCUCCAGCUCAAGGUCAAGCAGCAGGGCUGCCAGCCGGCUUCCUGCAGGGAGGUGGGGUGGGCCUGGCUGGUGGGGGGCUAGCCUUGCCGGGCCUGGGAGGGGCUGGAUGCAGGUGGGAGGGAGGCAGGGGCUGGCUGGGCUCUGCCGGCACAGAUGAUGGAAAGGUGAGGAGAGGUCCCUGGCGCUGAGGGUCGUCUCAGAAAUGGCCAGGGCUGGCUGGGGGAAGCAGGGGUGAUCCCUGGGCUCCUUCUCUGCUCUCUAAGACCCCCCCACUGGAAUCUAGCGCAAGGGCACAUGACCGUACGCCUGGGUGGCCGCAGCUGCCCCGGCCUGGCUCUUCUGCCCUAUUGCCCCCCUAAUUUGCCCCAGUGAGAUCUUUUCAAGACAUCAAUCACAUGAUUUCCUCCAAUGGCUUCCCGCCGCACUGAGACUAAAUUCAACCCCUCAUGAGGAACAUCUUCCAAACGUGUCACUCUUGACAGUGAAAUUAAAUUUCACUAUUAAAAAUGACACCAGGACAACAUGUGUGAACAGGGGCUGUCCUGGGCAGGCAGCCCUACUUUGGGCUUAGAGCUUUCGUCCCCACCCCCAUCUUUGCCUGGCUCCCCUAAUCUCUGCGUAAAUGUCCCUCACCUCCUCAGAGAGACUGACCCUGACCGUCCUACUGCCCCUCGUUCUCCAUGACUUCCUCUGCUUUAUUGCCUUCAUGGCAUUUACUGCUACCUGCAUUUAUCUUUCUGUCUGUUUACAUACUUUUUGUCUGUCUACUCCUCCCUCCAUAAAGCCUUCUUCUAUAGAUUUUUUUGUUUUUCUCUUUUGGCUGCACUGCGUGGCUUGCGGGAUCCUCCCCAACCAGGGACUGAACGGGGGCCACCACAAUGACAGCCCGGAAUCCUAACCACUAAGCCACCAGGGAAGUCCCCAUAAAAGCUUCCUGACAGCAAAGGCUUUUUCUGUUUUGUGUGACCCCGCUGUGUCCCCUGUCCCUAGAACAGUGUCUGGGACAAGUGGUACUCAGUAACAUUUAAUCCAUGAGUGCGCAGAUGAGGGGCAGGCCCGAAAGGGAACACAAAACCUCAAAGGGCAGGCUUGGAGAGACUCCGUCAGGUAAAGGGACAGGGCCUGCGGGGAGUGUCCCUGAGCAGGGCCUAUGGAUGCGGGCUACAGGGGUAGCUACUGCCCCGAGACCAGCAGGAAGGCUUUGGAGUAGUCCAGACCUGGCUGAGAAUUCCCCCUCCCUCGGUUGCUAGCGCUGCACCUUUAGGCCAGUUAUUUACUAUCUAGAAAAUGAGGAUGAACACAAUUUCUCUUCUAGAGUUACUGAUGCUCUGGGUGGCCCUCGCUUCCAGAGGUCACUUUCCCUCUUGAGACACAUUUGGCUCUGCUGGGGAAUCCAGAAGUGGAGAAUUCCUUUCCCUCAGGCGCAUCUGGGAGGCGCCAGCCCCGUUUCCACUCCAGGUCCUGCCAGGCCAACAUGCCUCAGUUUCCUCCUAGGUGGACAGGAAUCGAGCAGGGAAACGAGUUCAAAGGUGGACCUCUGGUUAAAGUGAGGAAAUCUGGCAAAAUGGAAACGGUACAAGGUGUUCUUCGUGUCCUGGUUCUGUGGCUUCGGUCACCUCUGAGCCUGGAGGACAUUCCCUGCUUUUGAUUUCUCACUCCUGUCUUCUCCAUCCCCCUGGCCCCAGAGUGUGGAUCCAGUAAGAUCAUGAUCUCGAUGGUGCUCUGGAAAGUAUCCCUGACGGAGGAGGAAUCCUUAGUUGGGAUUUACUCUCAGGGGUACGGGCACAGGAAGCGGCUGAGCCCCCUUUCUCCCCCGGGGCCAGUCUUUCUGACCCCCCCAGCCCUCGCUCCAUCUCCACGAGCUGAUGCUGCUGCCCCGGGCCUGGCCGCUCCUGCUUUGGUGGAGAGAAUAGAAAGUGAAAGUGGCCCUGUGGAGGAGGUGGCCCCGGGGAGCGCACAGCCCGCCAGCUGCCUGCAGAGGGACCCCAGUCAGGAAGGGCAGCUCCUUGUCCCCAGGUCCCCUGCCUGGAACUGCCUGCACAGCUCUCAGCCUGCCCCGUGCCUGGGGCUCCUUCUUGCGGCAGCCCCGGGCAGAGCUGGGUGACUGAGCAGUGAGAGGGUGGCCUGAGGCCACUGUCCCCAUCUUCUGUCCUGACUCAACCUCCCGCGUGGGUGAAAGGAGGGGAGGGAGGGCCUGGCAGCUGGGGGCUGUCCUGUGGGAUGGGUCAGAAGCUGGAGUGGCCGGCUCCUGGGUCACGAUGCUGUCUGUCCCAGCCAAGGCUUCCCUCUGCGGGCUCCCAGCAGAGCUUCUGAAGGGUGACACUGGGAGGCCUGAGGUGUGGGUGCGGGCAGAGCAAAGUGAAAGGAACAAGACAAUAGCUUCGGCCAACCUCCAGCCACCCAGGGGCCAGGCCCCAUGCCAGGUGCCUCACAAUCACAGCCUAGCAGUAUACCUGGGCCACUGGCGCAUCCCCAUUCAUCCAUUUGAUCGAGAAAAAUUUUUUGAGUGUUUGUGCCCCAGACACUGUUCUAAUCACAGGGGACAAGUCGUGGAAACAGAGUUUUAAAAAAUCCCUGCCUUCAUGGAGCUUACAUUUUAGUGGAGGGAAAACAGUCGACAACCAAAGGAAACAGCUGAAAUGGUGUGUAAGACGGUGAUAUGUGCUGGAGAAAAAUAAAGAGGGGAAAGAGGGAAGGGGUGAUGGGGUGGGGACAGGCUUGUAAUUUUAAGAGGAGAGGGUUGGGAAGGCCUUGCUGAGAAGGGGACAGAUUCUGAUCCAGUAAGUCACUUUAUUUCACGUAAAAGUCAAGGAUGCAGAUAUGAUCGUUAUCGUCCCUGUGAAGGACAAGGAAAUCAAACCCAAGGACGAGUCCAAAGUCAAAUGUCUGGGAAAUGGAAAAGCUAAAAUUUGAGCUCAGGCUCUGUCUGUGUCUGUAACCACCACAUGCUCUUGGGCAGAGAGACAAAGAGAGGACAGAAUGGAAGGGAAAAGGGAAAUAAAGGCCGUAUGGGGGCCUCGCAAUGGUGGCCAUCUGUUUUCCAAACUGAAAACCAGGACACGGUCUGAAAAGAUUUUCCUGUUGCUCAUAAUGAGAGUGGCUGUCUGGGAGAGCUGGUUUGGAUGCUGGCCUGAAUGGUGGGAUUUCUGAGACAUUCCAGUGGCUUGUGGGGCCCACAAGGCAGUCCAGGGGUAGGGCACUGCCAUGGCAACCCCAGCUUGGCCUUGGGGCCAAGAUCCUGGUGCAGGCCCACAUGGCAGAGAAGCUACACUGGGCAUGGACCCGAGACGCUGCAGGCCCAGGGGCGGCCAACGCCGAGGAGACAGCAGAAAGGGGGGAGGGGCCUGGCCCGCAGCCCAUGCUCUGGGCCAAUUGGAAGGGUGGGCUGGCAGGAGCCUGAGAGGCAUGUGGGGCAAGAAACCAGACUUUCCUGUUAGGCAAGUCUGGGUUUGAAUCCUCCCCCUCUCUGGCCCUGGGCAAGUCACACAACUCUGAUGAGCUUGUUUCUCCAUCUGUGAAAUGGGGAUAAUAACUCACCUCAUAGAUAGUUGCAAAGACUAUCACGUUUUGAGGUAAUGCAUGAGUUGUACACAGCAUAUUGCAGACUUCAGACUUGGUUCCCGCUGUUUCCCUCCACCCAGUGGGGCACUGGGGGCAUGCCAAGGUGGUGAGUGGGUGGAACAGGAAGAAUUGUGGGGCUUGGGAAAUGGACGGCCCAGUCGACAGGGCAGUUACAGGUUCCCAGCCAAGCCCUGCACAUGGGCUGGGGUUUAGUCAGCAACAGAAGAACAUGCCCUUCCCAAACAGCCAGGCCCACAGGGCGAGCCCUUCCCCCAGCUCCCACCACUCUGCACCCCCAGUGCCCUGGUCCACAGGCCUCUCCACGCACUCACCCCUGCUCCAGCAUCCUGGGGGCUCCAGGGCCCACAGUGCCCUCUGCUCGGGUGGGUGGCAAGGUGCCUCCAACGUGGAACAGGGGCACGCCCGACUACUCCUGCUGGUGACGCUUUCCUUGCUGCCCUGCUGCCCGAGCCUCCCAGGAAACUCACUGCUGCCCCACUAUUGCUUCUGGAAGACUGUCCUUAAAGAAGGGAAAGAACAAGAAGGGAAAAGCCUUUUGCAUCACCCCCCAUUUCCAUGGGCUGAACUGCACCCCUCUGGCCACAGCCAUGACAGGGUCAAGGACAGCUGGAAUCUAGCCCGGCUUUUACCAACAAUUCAUUGUGUGACCUUGGGCAUCCUCUCUGGGCCUCCUUUCCUUCAUUUGCAAAGUGACGGGUUUAGACUAGAUCAUCUCUAAAGUCUAGUUGUGAUGUCUAAGUGAUAGCACGUGUCGAGUUUUUACCCGUUUGUUCAUUCAUUCAUAGCACUUAUUGCUUCCCGAUAUGGUAUAUUUCGUUUGCUUAUUGUCUGUCUUACUCUAUGCCAGCUCUAGGAGGGAAGGGGUUUUUGUUUGCUUUGUUCACUGCUGCAUUCCUGCCACCUGCAAGAGGGCAUGACACAGAGCAGGAGCUUGUAUUUGACUGAGCCGUGGCAGGAAACUGAAGAUUGCAGGCUCCGACGGGAUGCUGGAGGGCAGCUCCUUGAGAGCACUAUUUCUGAAAUUGUAGACAAGGGAAGGAGAACUAAAAAGCAUGCCAGGGCUCACAACAGGGUGGGCCCGAGGGAGUGUGACCGAGCUGAGCUGUAGGAGGGGACGAUGGGACAGGAGCUGAGGCCUGUAGCAGAGGAAAGCGGCCACCGCCAACCCCUGGCCCAGCAGGGAAGUGAGCGGAGAAUAAAGACCCCCACCUCCUUCUCCUCCUGCUUCUCCCCUCUGGCUGCAGCAUCCCGUUGGCUGAAUCCAAGCAGAAGCCAGAGAGCAAGAGUUCCCUGACACAGUCCUUAGAGAGUUCCUUUUGCUAACCACGUCAGGGUGGAGCCCCGUUUCCUGAACCAUAAGACAGGUCUACCUAUGAGGGCAUCGGUUUGCAGCCACCCCUCGUUUUAAGUAAGCAGAUCGGGCAGUUCUUGCAUUUGAAAGCAUGCCUCGACCCAAUUGUUGGAGAGACAGUGCUCUACCUCUGAAAGGCCUUCCUGCUUAAGGGAAGCAGCUUUGUGGCUCCAGCGGGCAGAACCCGAUGGUGAGAGGCACAGGGAUGGAAAGUCUUGCUCAACACAACAAGGAAGAGAUUGCUAAUAACCGGAGCUUUUUCAUGGGGAUGAGCCUCCCAUCACUGGAUGUAUUCAAGCAGAGGCUGACAGGAUGCUGGGGUAUCCCCAACCCAGGAGCCAGUCAGAAAGGAGACUGAGUUCCUGCGAUUGUGAACACUCCUUUUUUUCUGUAGCCUCCCUGUAUCUCAGGAGGACAGCAGCCACCUCCCACAGCCGCUCAAAAACCCCUCUGCCGGCUGGCUAAAGACCACGGGGCUAAGUCACAGCUAAGCCGGCCCUGCUUGCUCUGGAUUUAAGAGUCUCUGUUUCCUCUCUGCCCAUGGCCAGGAGAAGAGCAAACCCCAGCGUGGGUGGAGCAGUGGGCUGGGCUGAUGCUGUGCAGGCCGGUCCAAGCCCUCCCCGCUUUUUAGGAAAGGGCGUCCUCACGUCUGCGGGGCUACUGCAGCCAGGCAUGGUUGCCUGAAACUCGCCCACUCACCAUCCAGACUCCUGCAGGGACACUCCAGGGGCAUCAUGGAUAUGAGGAAAGGGCUCUCCUGCCUAAGCUAUCAGGCCAACCCCAGCUCCCCGACCUCUUCUCAGCAGAGACGCAGCUGCCCCUAGACGGACAGAACUGUACCCGGGGAGUCCUCAGGGACCCGGACCCACACAGGCUAAGACAGGUUGCCUGGUCCCAGCCUCAGCGGAGUGGGCUGACACUUCCAGAAGGCUCUGAACUCUGGCAGGUGUGAUUGCUCCAGGACUGGUCUCAGCUGCUGCAGUGGAUCCCUCUGAGCUGCUGGAGGGGAGAGAGUUGGCAUCUGGUGCCACUCUAGGGGGCCGGGGUGUUGUGCUUAUAGGAAGAACAAGGUCCGUCCUGGUCUGAAGGAGCUGUCCUUUGCUGAUAGGACUGCAAACUCCUCUGUUAUCAAAAUGAUGAUGAUGACGACGACAAUAGAAAAGGCAGGACGGAGGGUCAGCUGCUGAGCUGUGGCCCCACUGGAGCUGCCCAGACUUUCCAGUGGCCACCGUGGAGGGGGAGGGCCUAGCUGCCAUGAGCUCCCCGCCUGCCUUGGCUGUAGCCCUACACCUGGGGGCCAGUGUGGAGACAGCAGAUUAGCAUUCCUGACUUCUCAGAUUUGGAGACCCAGUUGAGAGCUAAGGGAUGGGUGGGGGGCUGGCAGGGGCCGCCCUGCAGGGGUGGGUCGGCCCAGAGGCCUCCUAGCACUUCUAGCCAGCUGACCCUGUUAUUUUUAGCUCUGGAAUGCUCCUCCCCGAGCCCCCUUCGUUCUAUUUAUCUUGGUUUUGUGUCUCUCUCUGUUCCUCUCCAGGAAACUCUGCAGCCGGAGUGGGAUAAAUGGAGGGGAGGGGGAGGAGAUUCGAGGGGCCAGAAAGAAUAGGAGAAAUGGGCUGGGGCCAGGCUGGAGGAAGAGGUGGCCGCUGCUCCACCCCCGCAACCCCCUCCCCCAGGUCCAGAGGCUGCCUCUUUCUCUUUUCUGCAUUUCUUGGGUUUGGGCCACCAGGCAACCCCUUCUCUUUCUCCACCACCCCUGAUAAGCUCCCCUUUGUGCUUGUCAGCAUCCCUGUCCCAGUCCAGGCCUUGGGCAGCCCCAUCCUCUCACCUUUCCUCCUGGGCCCUCAGGUGAGGUCAUACCUAGGGUGGGGGUGGGGAGUGUCAGCCCCGGACCCCUGCCUCUCGGUCAGGACGCACUGUGAUCGCUUGAAGGACCUCGUCUGUGAAAAUGAAGAACAGGCGCAGUGGGACUGGACACUGGGUGAACUUGGACCUCAGUCGCAUUCUCUGUAAAAUGGGAAUGACAACCGGUCCUCUCUCUGAGGGGCCUGUCGUCAGGGCUGCAUGAAAUGGCGAUGUGAAGCACUAUUGACACGGGGAAGCUGCGAGCCUCCGGCUGGGGGGUCGGUCACAUCCCAUGGGGUGCUUGCGGGGACUGGCGAGCAUGAGUCUCCUGGAGGCUUUUUAGCAGCACUUGGCAGGAAGCCACAUCCCUCCCCGCAGCCUUCCUUAGUCACCGCUGGGCUGCUGAAGCUCUGGUUACAAGGGCGGAUCACUCAACCACCGGCUCCUCUCCCGCCUCCCCCAGCGCGGGGGUGCUGGUCUGCAAGAUGCUGGGGAUGAGAAGCACCUGUUGGCUGCCUGAGGCGGGGGCGGGGUGGAGGGGGGCUUCCAGAUGACACGCCUCCCGCCAGCAGAGGAGAGGGGGCAGCGUGGGAAGGGGAGCGAGUGUGAUCCUGCAGUUUACCGUGAUGAUUUCCUGACUGGGGUGGGCGUGCCGUCUCUUCCUGCCCUUUCCUUUAAGCCGCCUUAUAGGGAAAGCCCAUCAGCCCUUGGGGAGGGCCUGGCAUCACCUGGAGGCGGAACUCAGGGGAAGAGUCCCUGUGGUCAGCAGUGAGCCCUGGUAGUCCCGGAGCUGAAGGAGCGACAAGAGCAUUGGCUGCGGUCAGUGAGUCAGUCAAAAGUGGCUAUGCUCCAGGCUGAGCGGCAGCCUUGGAAAACUGUGUGUAAAGUGGGUUAGGCAUGCCCAGGCCAGUCCUGGGUAAAGGUGAGGGAGGGGGAACCACCUGGGGUGACCACUGUCCCUGGAGCAUGGGACUGACACCACUUAGAGGAAGAGAAGAGGCGGCAGCAGCCAAAUCCCGGGAAGGGCCCUGACCUUUAGAACAGGAGACAGAAAUAGCUGGGGAGAGGACGGAACCUGUGUGGGAGAGCUGGCCCAGGCUGGGCGGGGCAGGCCCAAACACGAGGAUGGGAAGAAAGCCCUACUGGCACCGACAGCUCCAUACGCUGUGCUGGGCAUUUCAUGUACUUUCACUUAUUUCCCACCUCCAGCCUGUGUGCGUGCGUGCGUGCGUGCGUGCGUGUGUGUGUGUAUUAUCAUCCCCAUUUCACAGAUGAGAAAACUGAGGCUCAGAGGGGUGUGGCCAGGCUGGUAACCAGCAGAGUUGAGACUGAGCCAAGCCCAGAUGGUCUGCUAGUCCACAUUGCCCGUAGGCGUGCCACCCACUGCCAAUUACUGCUGCCAUCACAGGUGGGGUGAGGAUACAGCUGAACUGAUGCUUCCUGCUGGCCUGAUGUGGGGGAAGAGGAAAUCCUCUCAAUGAGGCCUAGAGGCCCUGAAAAGUGAACCUCAACUAGUGCUGUGCAUUAGGUGACCCCAGAGCCCCUGUACUUUGGCCGCCUGUGACUAACUUUUCUUCCCUCCCUUCCUCACAGAAAGAGGGAGGGUCAGCAGUCCCCCCCACCCCCUCCCCCCAAAUUGUGCUGGGCUCAGGGCUGGGCAGAGCCCCAGGAGACCCCUCCCCUGCAGCAGUGGCAAGGGCAAGCUCGGGGGAAAGGUCCUCUCUCAAACCGUGGCCUGGGAGGGAAGGUGAGAAUAGCAGGCUCAAAAUAAGGCCGCCUGGCUGGCUGGCUCCCCCAUCUCCCUCCCCACUGACAGCUUCCCAGCCUGGGCAGCUCCCAGCUGUUUCUGCUUAUCUGAAGCCGGGGAGGUUGGUUGCCUGGAUACCAGUGCUUCUGAUUAGCAGUUGGGUCCUUCUGGGGCAGGCGGAACUGCCGCAUCCCCCGUCAGCUGGGCGUGGCCUCCCCAGGCUCUGCUGAACCGGCCCUUGGAAAGGUGGCAAGGGCGGAUUUGGGCGGGCAUGGAGGAUGCUUAGAAAAAGACCUCCUUUGCCAGGAGUUGGCUCGAAGCGGUGAUUUAGAGUCAGAGAAUCUGGGCCUUGUUGGCUGGGUGACUUUGGUCACAUUAACAUCUCUCAGCUUGUUUCCCUGCUUCAAAGAGUUGUUUAAAGAGUAAAUAUGAUGACUAGGUGAGGGCUCAGAGCACGGUGAUCGGGUGGUUUUAACCCGUUGCCCCCACCUGCCACGGUAGGGCCCCUCUAGACCCUGUCGUCUGUCUGCGUCCUCCAGGGAAGCCAUGUGGGGUCACCAGGGAAGGCAGCUGUGGAGCCUUGGAGGAGGUGGCCCAGUUCCUGCCUCCUUGCUUCAGGGGGAGGGCCUCUCUCCCCACCACACCUGCCUGGUGCCCCCAGUGUGCAGCUGGGGCUGGGGAGGCGGGCCUGGGGAUGGAAUAGGGAAGACUGGACAAGAGAAGAGCUACUGGGAGUGGGGUGAACACAGCCCAGUGGUGGGAGCGGCCCAAGGUGGCCUGUCACCAGCCCUGGGGGUGAGGGUGGAGGAGAGCAAAGCCAUGGGGGCAGGAACAUGACCAAGAAGACCUGUUCUCCUGUCUCCUUAGGUCCAGUGGUCCCCAAGGGACUUGCUUCACUUGAAAGGCAGAGCCCAGGGCUGUGAACAAGAUGGGAGAAACCCAAAUCCGUUGUGCAGGAAGGAUUUUCCUAGCUCACCCCUUAGCUCUCCCAAAACCUUCCGUAGAGCCAGGCCCACAGAGCGGGCAGCAGGUCUGGAUGAGAAGCGGCAAAUGGCUGAAGGGCCCCAGUGACUCUGGAGGUGUGUGUGGCCAUCACAGACCCUCUUCUUGACCCUCUUGACUUAAGAAAAGGGCAGAGAAGAAAAGAGAUGGUGGGAGGGGCAAAGAAGGGGCACUUUUUCACCAGGGCCUUGGCUUUCUCACCCUCUGAAUGGAGCAGGAGAUCAGCCUGUGUCAGUAGUAAAGGGACUGGAGCCCAUCAAUAAUGCAGAGAAGAGCUUGGGGCAGCUAGGAAACGGUUACCAGUCCAUCAAAGCAGGGAAUGGGCCUCAGAUACAAAAUGGAGGGGAGACUGGGGGCUGGAGCGAGAAGGGAGAGCUCGGUGCUGCCCUUGGGGCUCUGGGCUGAGAGACUUGCGGUCCCUCGGUUGGGCCCAGGUGUUUUGCACGGUCGGCCUUCCAGCUGGUUAGGGCAGAAGGAGGCAGUGCCCACCCGUCAAUACCUUCCCAAGCAGGGUAGAAGGAAGGCUUAGAGAUAAACUUACUCAGGGAAACUUCCAGAGAUGGGGGCUCACUUCCAGCAGCUUGGGAAUUGGGGAAAUUCUAAGGGAGGGGUGUUGCUUAAGAGUCAAGAGAAGAAAGUGAAUCCCAUCAGGAAGGGUCUGGAGUAGGUCUGGGUGGAAAAGGCCCCCAGCUGUCCUCCCCUGCAGCGCCAUCUUGCCCCAGGAGACCUUCAAGUUACACGUCUGGACCUUUUUUUUUUUUCUGAGAUCAGAGGAAAUCUGUGGAAGAUUUGAACAGAACAGAGACAAGAUCAGAUGUGAAUGAGCAAAUCCACUCGGGCUGCUAGUGGAGAGGGUAGGGUGGUCAGGAAACCUGGAGACAUGGGUCAUAUGAUUGUGUCCUAUGCUGUCCUGCGAGAUCAACAAGCCAUUUAUUGUAUAUUCACCUUGGCCUCCAGCCUGGGUGGUCCCACUGUGAUUUGGGAGAGAGGGAACGCAGGGGCGAGUGAAGGGACCAUCAGAGCCGUCCAGUGUCACAGUCUGGUGUGGCCGAGGGCCUGGGGGCCGCCGCGGGGCAGUGUUCGGGGGUACAAAUGACCAUUCUUGGUGACUGGUUCAAUGUGUGUGGUGGGGAGAGAGGCCUCCAGAGAAAUUCCCGGCUUCUGGCUCGGGCAGUUAGGUGCUGCGGGCAUGGGGCUGCCUUGUAUCCAGAAGAGAAGCCCUGAGGCUCUGGGGCUGGGAGGUAGGGGGAAGACAGUGAGUUUAAGAUCCCUGUGAGACCACCAGCUGACUGCACGCAGGCAGCCCUGCUCCUGCGCGCCCCCCAGGCCGCCCCACACCCAAAGGAAGAAAGGGGUCAGGGGUCAAAGCCCUUCUGACUGGGGCCUGGGGCUAGGGGCAAUUCUGUCACGCAGAGCAGCCUCCCUUCCAGAAGGGGACCUUUGCUCCUCCGCAGCCCAGGGCACCCCGAGGCCUUUCUUCCCUCUGCCUGCAGUCCGGCCCCGGAGCAGCCCCAUGAGGCUCUUUCCCAUGGGCAACACCCCAGGAGAAACGCUUCCUCCUCCACCACCUCCUCCUCUGCCAGCAAGGCGCCCCGGGGGGCCCAGGUGCCCUGGGGUGGUGCCCUGGGGUGGCGGGUGUUGAGUGCGAGCCCCCACACACACCCCGGGGGGUGAGUGUUUACACUCUCUGUUGCCUCCCAGCGCCGCCCUCCCCCAACCAGGGGCUCCUGGGCCUUCUCCUGCCGGCACCCGACCCCGCACAACCGCGCUAGGAAAGGCUUUCCCACGAACGAGUCCCCAGACAGCACGCGCGUGCAAACAGUCCGAUUACAGGGGCAAACAGCAGCCUGGAGAGAAGGACAGAUAACCCACGAGUGGCCCAAGCGAGGGAAGAAAGGAACGGAGUUCAGCUGAAACGGGAGGGGCGGAGUCUCUAGCAGGCUGUUUGGAGAGGCCCAGAAUGCCAGGAAAGGCCGCAGAACGGCAGGAAGUUGGGGAGGAGGAAGCUCGGGGAAUGGCAGGAGACAGAGGGUCCCAGGGACCUGGUGAAGACCGGCGGGUGUCAGGUCAAAUGGGAGCCCGAGGAAGGCAGAUCAGAGGAGUCCUGCAGGGUCUGGACGAUAAGGGAUCGCUUCCUUACGUGUGCUUCGUCCACAUCCACACCGGCUGUGUCCCAGGGAAUGUUCCAAAGAUGCAGAGAAAGGACACAGUCCUGGUCCUGGAGCAGCUCACAGCUGUGAGGGGCAGACACAAGGGCAGGGCCCCAGAUGACAGAGCCCAGACGCAGGCUGGAAGGCUCUGGGGGCAGGGGGCAGUGUCCUGGAGACGGUGGACCCAGCUUAAUCUAUCUCGAGGGACACAGAGCAGACGUCUGGGGGGAGGAGCAGCGGUACAAAGGCUGAGAGGCAGGAAAGAGCCUGGGGCUUCCCAAGAGCUACGUUUAGGUCACAGUGUGGCUUUGUGUGUUUGUGUGUGUGUGUGUGUACACGCGUGUACACGCACAGGACUGCGAGCGAUGAGAUGGGGGAGCACAAGUAGGUCAGGGCCACUUUGGCAAAGGUCCUGUGUUCUCCACUGCAAAUUUUUGGACCUGACUUGAAGGCAGGGGAACACAUGUAGAUGACACGGAGUGACGUGGUAGGAUUUGUGUUUCGAGGACAGGCUGGAGCUGGAAAGCAGUUGGCUCAGGAGCCGCCGCAGUGAUCCAUGUUUGAAAUGACGAAGGCCUGAAAUGGUACCUCGCACUCUGCGGCCUCGUCCGUGCCAGGCAUCGCUCUCCUCUUUGCAAAGAGGAAGCACUUGAUCGCCGCAACAAUCCUAUGAAGUAGGUUCUAUUAUCCCCACUUUGCAGGCCAGGCAAGUGAGGCCCAGAGGGGUGAAGUAACAUUCUCAAGUUCCCAUAUUGAAACAGGGAAGCCAGGACUCAGACUGGCCCCGGAAUCGGCGCUGAAUGGAAAGGGCCCGUCUGUCAGGAUGGUGAAAUGGGGCAGACUGGCAGGAUGUGAAGAAGGAAGAGCCGGGCUGACUGGAAAGCUUUUGAGGGUGGUGGGCGUAGGGGAGAGAGAGAAGUGAAAGAUGAGGGUGAGGGCGCCCACUGGGUCAAACGGUGUCCCCCGCCCAAGAGUCACAUGUACCAGGAGCCUGCAAAUGUGACCUUAUUUAGAAAUAGGGUCUUUGCAGGUAUAAUCAAGUUAAGGUGAGGCCAUACUGGAGUAGUAGUGUGGACCCUAAGUCCAAAGACUAGUAUCCUUGGGCUUCCCUGGUGGCGCAGUGGUUGAGAGUCCGCCUGCCAAUGCAGGGGACACGGGUUCGUGCCCCGGUCCGGGAAGAUCCCACAUGCCGUGGAGCGGCUGGGCCCGUGAGCCAUGGCCGCUGAGCCUGCGCGUCCGGAGCCUGUGCUCCGCAACGGGAGAGGCCACAACAGUGAGAGGCCUGCGUACCGCAAAAAAACAAAAAACAAAACAAAGACUAGUAUCCUUAUAAGAAGAAGGAAAUGUGGACACGGGCACAGAGAGACCUCCAGGGAAAGCUAUGUGGUGACGGAUGCAGCAGUCGGAGUAGUCAGCCUACAAGGCAAGGAACGCCAGGGAUUGCUGGCUAACGUCAGAAGCUGGAAGAGGCAAGGAAGGAUCCUCCCCUAGAGCCUUCAGAGGGAGCGCGGUCCUGCCGGCACCUUGAUGUCAGACUUCUAGCCCCCAGACUGUGAGAGAAUAAAUGUCUGUGGUUUUAAGGCGCCCAGUCUGUGGUAAUUUGUUACUGCAGCCUUGGGAAACGAAUACAAUCUCCCACUUCAAAGAAACUGAGAGGAGGACACCAGCAUACCUAACUUGGUCAGGUAACAUCCCAAACACAGAAGGAAAAGACAGGCAUGAUCCUCUAGGUGAGCCUUAAAAGAAGAAUGUUGAGCUGGUCUGGGAGGCCCUUGAAAACAAAAUUCUGACUGUGUAACCGUGAAAGGUCCUGAUGAGAAGGAGAAGGGGAGGAGCCUAAGAGAUGAAGUGCAUCAUCACAGAGCUGGCAGAUGACCUCAGGCCGGAGAAGGAUACAUUCAAAGCUGGAGGAAGGACGCAGAACCAAGGGCAAGAAUAAAGGAGCGUCUGAGAUGGCAAGAAUAGAACCCAGCCUGCUGCCCUCCGCAUGGGGCUCAGGCUUGCAGAAAGGGCCAAGGGCAAAACAGUGUUUCAGAGGGUGGGGUGAAGGGAAAGUAGGGAGUUUUAAAAGUUUGGCUAGAAUCAGGAAAACCUGCUUGGGGUGAGGGCUAGUUUAGCCUUCAUGGAUGACAGGUAGACCCAGAUGCUAUUUGUCAUUGAUCGUCUCUGUAAAGAUAACGGGAUAGAAAGCACAGCUUUUUAUUUUGUUUUUUCUUUUUAAAUGAAAAGGGUAGCAUAAAUAUUAGCGAGAGAAAACUGAAACCCAGGAUUAGGGAGAGGACGUAUCUAUAAGAAGAUGAGAUCCCCGUCACAGGAGGCAUUCAAGCAGAGGGUGGAGGAAGCUCUCAUCCGGGGUGUUGUAGAGGCAAUUUCUCUGAGACUUUAUAGUGGACACGACUCACUGCCAGGCCUUCUGACCCUUGGUCCUCCCACACCAUAGAGAAGGGAAGCUGGACGGUACCCUAGAGGCACUUUUACUUGGCUUUGGUGAGGAGACAGCAGAAAGACAGCAUUGCUUCAGAGCCUUGGCUCAGACUGGGUAGUACCAGGCAAAUCAGAGCCUUGUGAUGUGGUGGUUUUCUUGCUAUGAAGGUUUUGUGAUCUGAAAAGUACAAACCUGAAUUUUCAGCUUUUUAAAUUACCAAGCACGGAAUGCAACCCCCCCCAUCACAAAAAAUCCUGACCCUCCUGCAUGUCGUGCCCCCCACCCAUCCCUGACCUUCAGCGCCUCCCAGUCUGUUCUUGGUGGCCUCACCGAGGAGCACAGCGGAGCAAGGCAGGGCUCUCUCCCCGGUGGCUGGCGGGGUGGCAGGGAGAGCGGGUGUCCUCUUUCUCCUGCUUUCCCUCCCUCCUCUGCCUCUCCUCUUUGUUCUCCUCCUGUCCCUCUCUCUGCCUUUAAGCCUGGCAGGAUUAGCUGACAGGGAUGAGCCGAGGCCAGCCCUCGCCUCCCCCGUCGUCUGUCGGUCCAUCGAAUUGGGGGACGGUGAGAACAUUCGCAUGAUCUCUCAGGCCCCUGUAUCCCUCCACCGCCCGCCCCCCAGGGUGCUCGGAUUUCCGAGGCACGCCUGGGUCCGCUCCCAGUGUGUUGACUGCAGGUGGGGGGAAGGAGACAGACACGGGUGCCCGUGGCUGAGGACGAGAAUCUGCGUGACGCUUUCUUUGACCUUGAGAAGGCCUUCCCCGCCCUACCUCUCAGGAGACUGGAGACGGAGAUCUGGGCCUUGCCCCUUUGGCACCGUCAGCCCGCAGGCAGCUUUCACACGUGCUCUAGCACAGUGGAGCCAAAUUCCCUGCCUGAGGCCCGAGAGACAGGGCCGGGACGGGGGCAUGGGGAGGGCGUGCCAGCGCCCACCUUGCGCUGAAGUACAUACAGCGGGGUGAGGCCUGCCUGGGCUGCUACUGUGUCCUGGGCCUCGGAGCCCCACUGCUGUCACCUCGAUACACGCAGAUGUCAGAGUCUCACCCCGCCUGCCCUUCCCUGGGCUGACAGCCUUUCUCUCCUGCUCUAACUUAAGAUCCCUGGCGCCUCUUUUAGGCCACAGUGGAGCAUCGCCUCACCUCUCUUGGCCCCAGCGCGUGACGCGAGAGGCCGGGUCAGGUAGUCAUGCCACCACCUGCUCCAGCCUUUAGGGAGAAGAGCCUCCGACUUGCUCCAGUCUCUGGCCUCUUUCAAGUUCCCUUCCUUUUUUUCUCCAAGAUCCAACAAAUAAACCUGUUGUUUAUUCUUUUUAUACAUUUAAUACACGGCUGAAGAAAAGAAGCAAAAAGGCUAUAAUAAGAUCACCACCUAGAAGAGUCACUAUGAACAUUUUGGUGUAUAUUAUUUUUUCUCUCUCCCCCCAGACACUGAGGAUUCAUCAGUGACAAGUCAGGUAGGGCUCCCACCCUUUAAAGGCUUACAUGUCAGUGGGAAAAAUUACACAUAACCUAUAUAACAUCUACUGACAAGCAAGGCAGAAUUCUCCUGUAUGCUCCCUCUCUCCUCUGCCUGCAUCUCUCCUGCCAUUGAUUUCCUCCCCAGAAGCCUUCCUUUUCUUUCACACAUCUACUCUGUGGCAGGAAGAGGCUUUGUAUGUAACGUGAGGUGCCGGACACACGUCUGGGGUAGGUUCUGUCCUGGGCGGGGAGAACACAGGCCCCUACCCCGUCCGAGGCAGGAUUUGCCUGGCUCCUUGUCGAGAGCGCUCAAGGCUGCUCGUACCCCACGCCGCUGGGGAUCAGAGCAGCUACAUCGCAGCAUGGGGAAGGAAGGGCCCCUGCAGAUGCGCCCCGUGGGCCCAGCCAUGGCGAUGGCCCAGCCAGCGGCCAGGACCCAGUCGGCUCCCAAGGUGCCGGGCAGGGGUGGGGAACUUCCAUUGCUCUUUCUUGCCUCCCAGGUGGUGUGAAGUUUUCAAUUUUCUCUCGCUAAUAUUUGUGGUGUGAAGGAGAAGGAGGUGAUGAGGAAGGCAGGGAAAGGGAGACGGGAGGGGAGGAGGGGAGGAGAACCACCAGCCUUGUUGCUACAGCAACCACACAUGUGAGCCAGCUGCUGUCACCAUGGAAACAAGGGGAGCCUGCUCAGAGGCUGCGCUGUCUCAGGGGAGACACAAUUUUUGACAAAAAAUACCCUUUGAUAAAAAUAAAGAAAAAACAAUGAAAGCCACCCUCUCCGGGAUUCGGGGGCACUGCCGAAUGAGGUGACAAAGGAAAGGAGGGGGCUGGGCUGUGGGGCGGGAGGCUGCAGGCCAGGCGCUUCUGCCAGCUGCAGAGAGUUGCCGAGUCAGUGUUUUAGAGCCAAGGGGGCCCUCGGAGAACACCCCCCACUUGAUGGAUGAGGGAGAGAGGCCCAGGGAGGGAGGCAGGCAGCCCACUCAGGGUCCCAGGGCACGAGGAAGCAGCUCAGGGAAACCCAGGGCCUCUUGGGAGAAGGGAAGGGACAUGCUGGCUCCAGAGGGUGGCUGACUGCAUGUAGCCUGUGGGGCUCCUCUUCAGCCAGUGCCUGGAGACUGGGGGGAAGAGAGACACAGAUGGCCAAGUUCAAGCCCCUUUUGCUGGGGUAGGGAGUGUGGCAGGCGUUCUGGCCUCUUUCUUCCUCGCCCUGUCCUUGGCAUUCCCGGCCAAGCUCGGCUUCCCAGGGUUUUGGCUGUCUCUCAGGGGACCAAGCCCCGGUGAGUCCCCACAAGCAGGGCUGGAGAGAAAUUGCCAGCCAGAGACCACAAGGGAGCCUCUUAGUCUAAAGACAGGAGGGGAGAAAGGGCGGAAACACCCAGAGAAGGAUGUGCUGCUGUCCUCUCCAGGGAAAGCCUCACCGGCCCAAUGCAUCAGAAUGAUGGAGGUAGGGCAGCGAGGCACGUUCACGGGGCACUUGGUUCUACGCUAGAUUUUUGGCCAGAAGGAGAUGCUCUUGGUAAAGGGUCAAGUCCUGGGAAGAUCAAUCAAGACACAGUUAGUACAGGAAGGUGAGGGCUUAAAAAAAAAUCAGGGCUUUAAUACAAGGGUUUCUGAACUGCAGGUUCUUUGUAGUACAGCUGGGCCCCUGGCCACAGAGAGAGGCAAAGGGUGGGCUCUGAGUGCCCUCCUAUUUCACCUGGAGCUUCUCUGCUGCUCUCUCUUUUACAUGUUUCUUUUUUCACAUAGUACUUUCCCAAACCUUGUCUCAUGUGCUCCCCUCUGACAACACGGAGAAGUGGAUGUGCCCAUCCCCAUUGUAAAGAGGACACAGGCUCAGAGAGGUCAAGCCCCUCUCCCAAGGUCACACAGCUCAGAGAAGCGGAGCAAGAAUUCAAACCCCAGCUCCAGAACAGGACGCCGACCCCGUUUCACAGGAAGGGACGAUGCGACACAACAGAAGGCACGUUCCUACUCAGGCUCUCUCCUGACCCCUCCUUAAGGAGAACAGAGGCCAGACGAUGACGAGAUGCUGUCCCAGGGCCCAUGGCAGUGGCACAGGAAGGCUCAGGUCAAGGACACAUUUGGGGGAAGUGAUCUUGCCGCCUCUUUGUCCUGGAGCUCCCUCUCCUCUAUCCUUGGGGUCUUUGUGGGGCCUCAGCCGGGGGCCCCAUAACGAAGGGUGAAGGUCGGAGGGGCAGCAGGGCCUGGGAGGGUGGGACUCUGCCCUCACCCUCCAGGAGAGCCUCUUGCCUCCUGUCAGCUGCCCUUCACAGCCCCCCCCCCCCCCCCCGCCGUCAGCCUCUAAGGCGGAGACCACGUGGGUGAGUUGCCAUGGAAACUGCGGAGUUCUAUUUGAAAGCCAGGCGUGGUGUAAUCUGAGCUGGGGUGGGGGGGAAGGGUGGGGGGGGAAGGAUGGGGGGGCUGGGUACCGAGGUGGGGCAACUACACCUGUUUGGCUGAUGUCCUCCAGGCUCCCCUCUUAUCACCAAGAACUGUUUUAAGGUUUCACCACCGGCUCUUUCCCGUAAAUCACCUGCCGCCCGCGGUCCCGCGGCCACUGCCCUCUUUCCCCACGCCCGUUUGUAAUCUCAGGCAGUAGCCCCACAGGGCCUGCCCUGAUUCCCCAGAGAAGGAGCCGAUUAUCCCCGUUAUACAACACAGGGUGGCAAAAACACAAGAGAGAUCAUUUUCGCCAUACAAGGGGCUGGACGGAACCUCGGAGAUUAUCAGCAUUGCAGGGGGUGUGCGUGGGAAGGAGGGGGAGUGUCCGGGACGUGGUGCUCCAGAGAUGGGAACCCGAACCCACCCCUCCCUUCCCCACCUGGUUCAACAGCAAGAAUUCUGGCGCUGGCCGAGCACUGACCCAGGAACCAGGAAGGCUCGGAGUCGGACCCAAGGGGGAGCAGUGGGCUUGCGGUGGCCUCAGAAUUUCCCCCUAAGCACACCCAGGCCCUCUAUUCCCUGCUCGUGCCUGGUUUGCAGGUUGGCUUGGUCUUACCAGCUGUCACUCUGCUAUGCCACACCCCCCACCCCAAGUGAUAGCAGAGGAGUUAAGAAUUUUGCUUCUCCACCUUGCUGUGUGACUUGGGGCAAAUUGCCUAGCCUUGCUGAGCCUCAACUUCCAGCCACAGAGAUUAAAAAAAAAAAAAGAACUGCCUCCUAAGGUUGCUGGGGAUUUAAAGGAGACAAUGCAUUCAAAGUGCUUAGCAUAGCACCUGGUGUCAACCAAAAUAGAAGUAUGAUUACUAUUAUUAUCCAUCCGUCAACACCCAGAACAAACCCAUCUCCUGCACGCAGCCUUCUUUCUCUAAGGAGAGAAAACUGGCGCUUAGGUAGGAGCAGCCAUCGAGUGCCAAGCACUUCCUCUGCGUUCUCUCCCUGGUUCUCACCACUGCCCUGGGAGGGAGGUGCCCUUUUACUAUCCCCAUUGUACAGACGUGGACACUGAGGUGCAGAGUGUCUUGCUCAAGGUCAUUGGCUACUAAGAAGUAGGGUCAACAUUCACGCUCAGCCUGUCUGGUCUCAAAGCCUCACGCUUUUCCUAGUGCAACGUGCCCCUCAUAUACGGAACAACCCUCCCCCAGUUUCCUUCCAGUUCGAAGCAGGUUAUUACCCCUUCUGAUUUCUUUCUUGCCUUCUCACCUGUACUCACCAGGGCAGAGAGUAAGGAGGUAAGCAGAGCCAGGGAAUGUCAGGAUUCAGACAUUCCCUGCUCCACUGGCAGCAUACGCAGCAGGGAGCUGGGAGCCAGGUGGGGCGUUUGGAAGAAGCAGGUGGCCUGGCAUAGGAACCCCAGGUAGGGAGAGGGUUCCAGGUGCCCUAGGGGUUGUCGGGACGCCGAGACAGACUCUCUCCAGCCUACUCUGAUUUUCUGCUCAGCUCUGACCUUGGUCUCUGGACCCCAAUCCCCCAGAUCAGGGCUGGGGAGGGCAUGAUGGAUGACCUUGACCUGGCUUUGUCUGUCUGGGGACUCAGAGUGUCUCCUUUAAGUGAAGAAGAGAUAGAGAAGAGAAGGUGGAGGAUAAGAGGGGAGAGAAAGGAGAAGCAGGAGGGAAGGAGGAGGAGGGAGGAAAUGGAGAGGGGGAGGGAAGAGAAGCUGCUGGAGGAGAGGGUGGAGGGAAGGACACAGGGGAGGGAGGGAGGUGGGAGGGAGGACUGCCUGCCAAGUGUGAUUCUGAGCUCGGAGGAAGAAGAAAGGAUGAGAAAGCAAGAAAUCGGCUUCAAGGGAAGGAUGAAAGGGGGAGGGAACAGAGAAAGGGCGAGAAAAUGAAUGAGGGAGAGAGAAAGCUGGGGGGAAGGAAAUGAAAGGAUGGGGAGAGGCCGAGGGGAGAGAGAUGAACAAAGAUGAGAUUGAGCAGCUGCUCCGUCCUCCCUCCUGCCAAGUGAAGGCCUCAGAGCGCCGCGAGUGGCUGAAUGAACUGGGAGCCAGCCAUGCUCGGUCUCGGUGGCUCCUGCUCGGCACCAAAUCCUUCCUGGCUCAGCAGUUUCAGCAGUUUCCACGGCCUGAAAGGGGGGAGGGCGGGGCGACGGCACACCAUCCUCCACCAUCCACUCUUUUUCUGGGGCAGCAUCUUCUCUGAGGUCCCAAAGAACCUCCCAGGUCUCUAUGGCUGGUGCCUGUCCUCAGAGUUCUCCCAGGUGCUCUGUCCUGGACAACCCUUCUAGAACCUUCCAAAGAGGCAGAAACCGGUUGCUGUACUGAGGGGAGAGCAGGUGUGCAUGCAGCCCAAGGAGUUCCCCCUUCUCUCACUGCUGAAACCUGACACCUUAGGAGGCAGUGCCCAGCGACUGGCUCCACUUUAAUAAAAGAACGGAAAUGUACCGCUAUCUUAGCCGGAACUCAGCAGGUUACGUGUUUUUUUAUAUACUUAAAAAAAAAAUUAAUUAAUCUUUGGCUGAGUUGGGUCUUUGUUGCUGCCUGUGGGCCUUCUCUAGUUGCGGCGAGCAGGGGCUACUCUUCCCUGCGGUGAGUGGGCUUCUCUUGUUGUGGAGCACGGGCUCUAGACAUGUGGGCUUCAGUAGUUGAGGCUCACGGGCUCUAGAGCGCAGGCUCAGUAGUUGUGGCGCACGGGCGUAGUUGCUUCGUGGCAUGUGGGAUCUUCCCGGACGAGGGUACGAACCUGUGUCCCCUGCAUUGGCAGGCGGAUUCUUAACAGCUGCGCCACCAGGGAAGCCCAGGUUACAUGUUUUAUCUCAUCCAAUCCUCACAGCAACCCUAAGACGUCCGUAAUAUUAUAUUUUCCAGAAGGGGAAAGGAGAGCUAAGGAGGUCUGGUUAUUUGCCCAGCUCACGCUGGGGAGGGACCUGGGGCAUCUAACUGGUGGGGACAGAGGUCAUGGUCCUCCUGGGGUUUAAAUCCAGGGCAGGGGCUGAGGCUGGAGGACACGGGUACAGGGUUGGCAGCUCUGAGGGGCCAUGGAGGAGCUAAUGGUCUGUGAUGGUUCAGGCAGGUCUUGGAAGUCUCUGUUCCUCAGUUUCCCCAUCUCACAUCACCAUUGCUGUAGGAACAUGCAAGGGGAGGAGCUGGCUAGAGGAGCCAGGGCACAAAGUCAGUGAGGCACUCUUUGAGGGUAGUGUCCACUUGCAGGGAGGAAGAUCUGGCCAUGUGGAAGGAAAGCUGUGUAAAUAGCAUCGCCUUCCCACCAGCGUCACCAACAUCUCCAGGGAAGGCUGGUUGGGUGGUAAUAUAGCCCUGCUUUCAUGGGGCUUCUAGGAACCUUUCUCUAAAGCGCUUUGAUCUAUGGGCACACACACACACACACACACACACACACACACGCGCGCGCGCGCCAUUCUUAUCUUCACAGCCACCUUCCAUGACACAUAAAGUAUGCCUGGCUUUAUUUUAUGAGACUGGAGGAAGCCAAGGUCACUCAACUGGCAGCAGGGAGAGCAGAUACCGCCUGGAUGCAAGGGCAGUGCGAUAAAGUUUCUGCCCUCAAGGUACCCAGUGGACUCUCAGGGGAACAGCAGGCACUCAGCGCCCACUCUGCACCCAGGCCCCAUCCCAUCUCCCACCUCCACAAUGCCCGGCGGUCAUCCCUCAGACCCUGCGGGUGCCAUUGCUCCCUUGGCACCACCCAGCAGCCUCUCUGAGCCCCUCUCCAACCUGAGUGAGGAUCUGUGCCUGCCCCCUCCCACUCCAGGGCCCUGAUAGAUUCCCCUGUCACUUUCAGUCAGGGUCCAUGUUACAGUGUGGGUUUGGAAAAGGGCUUCCCCUCCUCCUCCCCCGCCCUCUGCCCAGAUGGCAGCUCCCCUUCCCCAGGGACCAGGGAUGCAGCAGCUCUUGUAGCCUGUGGUUACCAUGGCAAUGGCCUUCCCUUAGGUUUCCGUGGGGGCGGUGAGGGAGGAUGUCACAGAGGGUGCGUGCGCGCGCGCAUGUGCACCCAUUUUCAGCUCCAGGUGAGGGGGGCUCAGGGAUUGGGAUCCCCUCCUCCUUGAGUGGGGCCCGUCUCUCCUCCCAGCUCAGUCCCAGCCAGCUCAGCUGCAUCCCGGUGGCAGGGAAGAUUGCACAACAGACAGAGGACACUGGAGGGAAGAAGGAUGCUCCAGGAGGAAAGCUGGAGGGGAAGGGUGGAGAUGGGCAUCUGUACAGUUGUCCAAGGUGGAGGGGCUGGAUGGAUGUGGAGUGGGAUAUGCAGGAAGGAGGGAGCCAGGGCAGCAGAGUGGGCACAGCGAAGGAUCCAGAUCCUCAGAGGGGAAGACCCGGGAAGGGGUGGGCCCCUUAUUUCUGCCGUCUACAAACCACCCCCACCCUGGGGGCGUGGGUGUCUCCUGCUGCGCUUCCCCAGCAGAGAGAAGGCCCCUCUGCUCCUCCAACAUGAUCUCUAAUUUCCGGCAGACAUUUGAGGUCCCUGACAUCUGCAUAAUGUGGGCCAGUCUCUUAGCAACGGGGAACAGCUGUCUGGCAUUUCCAAGAUUAAACUGUAACUAUACACGGUCCUUGCCAGGGGGAGGGGGAGGGAGACGGGGAUAAACACUGCCUCCUGGCAUUUUCAGACUCAUUUAGCUUUUAUUCAUUUCCUGCCUCCAGUAAAGAGGCCAGGGAUUCAGGCUGGGCCAGGCUGUUCCCGCCCCUGCCUCCGCCGCCACUGUUGCUGAGGUUGCAGAUGGCUUUUCACCCAGAUCUGUUCGCUCGGGAGGGGAGAGGGAUAAGGGACAGCACUAGCCAUUUUGGUUUUUAUUGUAUUUAUUUUAUGUAGGUGCAGUGAUCCUGGCACGCGCAGGGUAGGUGCAGCCCAGGAAGAAAGGAUGUGUGGUCCAUCGGUAAAAACCCUCAAGGCGGCUCCAGCCUGGUUUAAUUCCAUCCAGCUCCAUUGCUAAUAGCUGCGUGACCUUGGGCCAAAUCCCUUUACCUGUCUACACCGCCAUCUCCCCACCUGUAAAAGGAGAUAAUUCUACCACCCCCAGGGUUGCUGUGAAGAUAAAAUGAACAUGCGCUCAGGCAACAGAGCCCUGAUUAAUCAUGGUGCCUUUCUCUUCCUCUGCUCAGCCUCCAGCCCGCCCGUCAUCCGUGGUAACAACCUCAGGCUCUGCUAUGGGGCAGAGGCAGACACAGUCCGUUUCCCUGGGAGCCACCUUGAAAUCCUGUUCCCUGGAGCCCCAGGCAAUGACACUUUAGCACCAGUAGGACUUAAGCCGAAUUCAGCAGUCCCCAGCAGGGCCCUGGGGAGGUGUCCUCAGCCCCUGGCCUCCUUGGGCCUGGGCAGCUCCUAUGUCCCAACCCCUCCACCGCUGGCUCCUGCCAUCUGGCCCCAGCUCCUGAACUCGUGAGUGCAGUGUUUUGGUUUUGCAGCAAGAAGGAAAAAUUGAAGGGCGGGUGUGGGGAGGAGAGAGGAAAGGGAGGAGGAGGGAAAAACCCUUGAGCGGCCUGUGCUGGCCAGUUCCAGGAAUGUGUUCUCGGACGUCGGUGCCAAAGCAGUGACCCAGGCGAGGCAGCCAGGCCGGGAGAAGGGAGAGGCCGGCUCCAGGGCGAGAGCUCGCCUCUUUCCCCCACCCCAGCCGCCUCUGCUGACUCAUCUCGGCUCCAGCUGGCAGGAGCCUUUUCUGGGGAUGGCGGUUGCUAAGAUUCCACGAAGAUGACUGAUUGCUUCUCGUUGAGCUUGGUGAAAACAUGUUUGUAGACUGCACACAAACACACGCACCCACUACUGUGUAUACCUGCACAUGUGUGUUUUAUGCCUAAAUGUGCGUCUGCACACAGAGCACCGAGCUUGCUUACUGUUCCCAAUGCCCUUGUGACACUUAGGUGCCGAUGCCACACACGUGUGUGGACCAGCUCUGGGCCCCCAGAAGGGCGGAGACGCAGCAGGUCUUCCUCGGCCAGUAACUCGGGCAGUGGGGAAGCCGCCAGUGUCUGGGCCAGCUUUAAUCUGAAGGCGUUUUCAGGUUGCCCUGAACACAUUCUUGGCCCCUGUCCCUCCUCCCCUCCCUGGGUUUCUUGGUUGCCUUCAUUCUGCUGUAAUGAUCUAAUCUUCCCUUCUCCCUCUGCCUGCCAGGGUUUUGAUGUCUGCUGUUCCAGGCACUCAGCUGGGAGCUGGAAGGCUCUAGAGCUGGAUUCCUGGCCUGGACCUGAUGCCCCAGGGAGCUCCUGGGGGUCCCCAGUGGCUCUUUUACCCCAGGAGAGAGGGGACCGCAGUGAGGACCCCUGGAUGGAACGCGCUGGGUCUUUCUCUGGGCUCCGCUGCCGGCAGGAAUCCAGGCGAUGUUCUUUCCUGCUCUGUGCUAGGCCCAGAGCCUUGCCUGGAGUGGCCCGAUGGCUCGGGGGUCAGCCUGAAGCCCUGGAUGCCCCGCCUCUGGUUGCCAGCACUGUGUGUGAGCUUGGUCACAUUGGGCUCCCGCUGCCUCGGUUCCCCCCCACCCGCUGGGCUGAAAUUGGACUCCUUGCGGAGUCUGCCAGGGUUUUACUGCGACAGGGCUUGGCAGGCGCUCGGGCACCAGGCAAGGUUGUUUGUCACGGGUUCUUGCAGGGGUGGAGGGGCAGGCGGCCCCGUGCCAGCGCGGAGCCCACGCGCUUCCUCUCGCCAGCUCUGCCCGGCUCAGGCUCAAGUGUGGCUUCUUUACAGGGACCCACCCUGGGGGCCAGAUCCCACGAGCGAGUGCUGUCUGCCGUGAUUCAGAGGCGGUUGCUAAGGAAGGCCUGGUACCCGGCCUAGAGGGUUGAGCUGUGGCCAGCCUGGAUUCGGCAGGCUUGGCGAGGCUCCCACCAGCCACAGGAAAAAUAUUCUCGUCUGAGCGCAGGGUCCUCUGUCCUAAAAUGAAGACAAGGCCGGCUCCAUGGUUCCUGCUGAUUUUGACAUAUGAUGAUGCAGGGCAGGGGUGGAAAUGAAGAGAGUAAAGCAAAUGAUAAAAGUUAAAAGGAGCUGCAUCAGUCUGCUGCCUAACACUCCUGGCCAGCGGGAUUCCAGCAAGCCCACCUCGGCCGGAGACCGCUGCUGGGACCCAGAGUUUACCCUCUGGGCUUCCCAGCUCAUGAGCUUCCUUUUUCAUUGAUUUACCCUGUAAUUCCCAAACCUGACAAAACAGAUAGAAGCUCUAGCCUCCUCCUGGUGAAAAUAAUGCAGGUUGAGGGGUGCCGGCUUUGUCCCACGGCUGGAGUCGGGGGCAUGGGCGGGCUAUUUUCCAGAUAAGGAAAUGGAGGUGCAGAGAUGUUAAGAAGCAUCUAGUAAGUAAUAGGGCCAGGAUUCCAGCCACAGAAGUUUGUCUCCAGAGCCCGGCCCUUAACCACUUUCCUUCAUCGUCUCCCCGUGACUGUCAUGUCCCAGGUUGGCACAGCGACACCACGUGUCCCCACCUUCCCCUCUGUUGUCAUAGGCCGUAGAGGAAACAAGGGUUCCCGUAGUCCACUUCCAACACCGCUUCCACCUCUGCCCUCCAGUGAGCCCACGUGUCAGCCUUACAUGAGAUAAGCUUCAUGGCCAAUUUUAUUACCUUGUUCACUGCUGAGUGACCCGAGGCAUAUGAUUUAGCCCCUUGGACUUUCUCCUCCCCUUCUGUAUAGCGAGAGGCCUAUGGGACUCCUGCGUUCCUUUGCUGCUCUGACAUGCAACAACUCUUAGAAACUCCUUCAUCUAGGACUCCCAAGCACAAAGCUACAGAUGCUACUGAUAUGUCUGGUCUCACACACGCAAACACACAUACACACACACACACAGACACAUAUAGGUGCAAAAUCUUGAGCAGACACUGGAAAUAAGGCAGGGCUUCUGGGAGUCUUGUAUGUUUGUUGUAUUUUUUAUGCUAGGAAUGAUCAGGGAGCAGCCGUGAGCAAAUAUUUAAUAGCUGGGGUCUCACACACCUGUACAGUUAUCACAAGCUCGCUCAGCCAAUGUUGCAUGCUAUGCACACACACACAAGUGUUCUCGUUCUUAAGUCUUGUCUUCCUGCCUAGACCUAGACCGUAACGCCUUUGGGAGCAGGAUCUUCUGGUGUCUCCCUUAUAUUGCCUGGCACAGUGCAGCCUCCAGUGGGUGAUCAGUUUGUAUUUGUCCUUUGAUGCAUAAAGGAAGGACAGUGGGUGAUUUAUGCUAACAGAAUUUUUUAGUUCGAUGCACCCACCACACUUGUGAUACCUUCAGUAGCCAUUACCCAGACCAAACCCCUCAACCCCCUAUCUCAGCCGGCUGCUCACUUCCACCCCUG